AUGGCACUCUCUAGAACCCCUUCUCCAGCCCCGUCUUGUUUUUCCACGGCAACCACCCUGGUCUCAACCAACACAGGGUCAUUCCUCGACGACAAUCUUCACCCCUGCCUGGAGAGGAGAGGCGACAUACGCAUGAACAACCUCUCCUCCGAAGCCAGGUCUCUCUUACGGACGGUCACCGAGCUGCCACUGCUCAUCCCCAAGACGUGUGGCCGAUACAAGAUGGCGCUGGCCAUUUGGGGUUCAAGCCCCCGCUCGCUCACAGCCAUACGGUACCGAUUGAGCAUCGAGAGGACGUCGAACACCACCACCGCCACUGACAGCAACAGUGACGACAACGUACCCCUUGCCGACAUCCUCAUCCAUUUCGAAGAGGUGGCGUUUACUGACGACGAGGAAGACGCGUUGUUCAACCAGCUCCGUCAGCCACUUCAUUUACGAGAGUGGCUCGAAUCAAUUGACGAGCUGGUGGACGAGACCAUCCGGGAUAUAAGGAUCCGGAGUGGGAUUUCUACGAAUGACGACUACAACUCAUGA